UCGUUGUGGUGUGCUGAUCGCUGGAUGUGAGGUUGAGUUGAGUGAUCGAGUGAACACUUUGCAACAGACAUCACAUAGCAUUAUUUCUUUUUCGAAUUUCUAAAUCAACAUGUCUGCUGAACACCAAUAUUUCUACGAAGAUGAGGUUUUCCGCAUUAAUAAAAAGGGUGUUAUUGAGUUUGGCAUGGUUUUAGAAAAUUCUGAGCUUGUUAGUAGUGACGAUGAUUCGGACGUUGAAGAUAGUGGAAAAAUGAAAAAGGGACAUAUUCGAGUUGCGUGGCACCCUACUGGUGAAGAAGAGGUUCUUCCAGAAAAAAAGGUUGGUCUGGCUGAUAGGUCCCUGAUGCCAGGAGAUGUGGUUCGACGCAUGAUCAAGGGCAAAGACACGCAGCGUGGAUAUUGUCGAGACAUCAAGGUCACCGCCUGCCUACAGGUGCUCGGCACCAAGCGUGUCAUCAUGAAUGUCAAGAGUGAGGAUCUUGUGCCCCUAGAGGAAUUCGCAUCCGACAUAGCAGUGUGCCUGGACUCGUGGGUAGGCGGAAUCAAAAUGGCGCAGUCGAAACUAAUGCUGCAAUUCUCGGACGGGUCCCGGUGCAAAGUGACCGACCCGGAGGCGUUUGGGUUCGACGUGUUUGACGAGAAACGUGACUCUGGAUGCGAGUUCCCACACCGAGGCGAUUACUAUCCAGGCCAGGUGUUAUGGGGUCCGCUGCAUACACUCCAGGACGCCCAAUGGCUGAACUGCAGUAAAGAGCUGCAUUCUAUGCUCAGCAGGCCCAACAAAACUGUAAAGGUGAUGGUGGAAUCGCUGGAAACGAAAUCGGUGACCGUGCACUGGCAGUGUCGAGCCUACUCCAAGGACGGCGAGGGGGGAGGAGGCGGAGGGGAGAACAAGGAGCAGCCCACCGCCGUUGUCUGCGGCGACAAACUCAAACAAAUGAAACUCCUGAAUGUGUUCGAACCCUGCACUCUCCAGGUGGGGGACAGAAACAUGUACACACUGCAGGAGAGCGAUCAGGUGACCAGCAAGGAGCAGUGGCGCAAGGCGCAGAAGGAAGCGGUGGUCAGCUCACUGUUCUCGGCCGUGGAGCCGGCCACCUAUCGGCCGCCACUCACACCGCACUAUGCGCCCAAGCGACGUCACAAGCGACAGGCGCAGGGAAACAGGCAGCAACAUGCCAAAUUCCAUGAUACCCACGACGACCGAGUAUCAUCAAACAACUCAACGACAGCACUUUCAAACCCAAAUUCACAAGCAUCAGUUGUUAUUGACAGUAAUACAACACAGACCAAUAAAAGUGAGGACAAAGUAGCUACAAAUUGUGAUAAAGUGACGAGUGAAAGCACAACGCAACAACCGAAACAAGCCAAAGAAGAAGAAAAGAAAGAAGUAAACAUUCCAAGUGCCAAUCCUAACCAAACAUGUGAUAAAACAGACAAAACUGAUUGUGAUGAGACAACAAACAGCUCUAAGCCUGGCGAUGCUACAGUCACCCCUGUGGUCACCUUCUCAGCUCACAACCUCAUCAAAGGUGGUGACGAAUGGGAAACAGACUCGGGUGGCUCGGACGUGGACUACAUGUCGGACACGUGUUCGAGCAGCACUGCCAGCUCGUCGGCCGGCUCUACUGCGGGGGGGCGUGGUCUGGCUCAACGCAAGGCUCUCGCACUUAUGACCAAAAUGCUCAAGAAGAAGAGUUUGCGCAGAGCACGCAAGAAACUGCCGCCCGUCGUCCUACUACCUGGAACAAAGCUAGCAGUGGAAACACUAUCAACAGCUUCGAGUGCGGACGUGGUGUGGCAGGAUGGGUCGGUGGAGUACGGCAUCCCUUCCACCCAGCUCUACCCCAUCCACCACCUCGACGACCAGGAGUUCUUCCCGGGCGACUUUGUUAUCGAGAACCACGAGGACCACUCGUGCAUGCGAGUGUAUGGCGUGGUGCAGAGUGUCGACCACGCCGGCCGCACGGCCCGCGUCAACUGGUUCAAGACCUAUGCGUCGGCUGAUGAUCCCAAACCCACCCUGUUACAAAAGAGUGAGGUGAGCGUUUAUGACCUGAAGGACCACCCCGACUUCCAGUACAGGCCGGGCACGGUCGUUAUCAGGGUGGCCAACUUUGAGGGUGAGGAUGCCAACUGCACCGCCGGUCAGGUCCUCGAUAACUAUCCCGAGGGAAGGGUACGGGUCUGGUGGGUGGAUGGUCAUAUAUCGAUGUGCUGGCCCCAGGACUUGUACAAGGUCGGCGAAUAUGACAGCGAUGAGGAUGAACUGUGGGACGACAGUAGCAGUGAAGCAUCAUGGGAAACCGAAAGCGAGGUCUACUGUAUUGCCGAUGAAUUCAUAAAUGUAACUGAAGAAACGGACGCCGACAAUUUGAAGCCGAAGCUGGCUGCUAAUAUUGAAAAAGCACGCAUAGCCAUGUCCAGACUAGAGGAGAUAUUCACGCAUAAUCCAGCACUGCAGACAAACGAUGUCAUGAGGAAACUCCUCGAAGUUUAUAAAGAUUGCAGGUACCUGGACAAGUUGAUGGGCACGUCGUUCUUUCACGAGAGCCACUUCCAGGGACUGCUGGAGCGCGUGCGCGAGCGUGGGCGUGCGAACGUGGCUCAACGUGUGGCCGACCAGGUCAGUCGGCUCUUCAACCAGCCCGACUCCCAGUCUGACAAGCCUGUCAACCAUCUGUCUACAGGUUUCGAGACGGAAACGCAAAUGUCGGAACGGAGUUCGAAUUCGGACUCGGGUGUGGUGGAUGGGUCGCCACCCAACAACAGGGACAUGAUGGGUGAGUUCCUGAGCGAUAACCUGGCCGAGUUGGAGGAGAGGGUGGUCACUUGCGCCAAAAACUCAAUCCACAAUUCACGCAACACUCGCAUCAACAAGUCCCAACAGAGUAUUAAAAGUCAGCUCAUCAACCAAUCAGCCUGUGAUAAAAAGAUAAUUGAUGAGACGGUUGGCGAAGGUGAAACUCUGGCGCGAGAAGUGGAUACCAGCGACAGGGAGGCCGCGAUGGCGUCUAAAACAGACGCCGAUAAGUCGCCAGCCACUGAAUUAGCAGCCGACAAAUCGCCGGCGACUAAAUUAGAAGCGGAAAAGUCACCCGUCGACAGUACGACCGAUUCGAACACUGGUUGCGAGGUGGCCGAGCGACUUGGCUGCGCGACUUCAGUCGAUGACCAGCAGCCGCAACCGGCUGUGACUGACGCUGAUGAGUCGCUGGUUGCGUCGAGUGGUGAUCUGCAGACUCCGACUGUCAAAAACUCUCACGUCUGCGUCAGACUGUGCUCGCUCAUACUGGCGCAGUUGGUCAAGGCGCAUACUGAAGUCAUGAGGAGGUAUGGCGGUAACACAACGGGAGGCAUGACCUUGAGCGACGCUGCCAACACAGUAUCGCCGGCGGGUAGCAGCGAACGAGAUGCGGCAGACCCUCCGCAGACACCUGAAGCACUCGCCGCAGACGCGUCUGUCGCCGAGCCAGUAGCUGGCGUAACGGAGGACUGUAACAUGCCUGCUGUUGCUACAGUCAACGGUACCGCUGAUGAUACCCCAGGCACAGCUACGCUGUCACCUUGCACAACCCCUGUUAAGGAAAGUGAGCCUGUGCUAUCGCAGAGCAGCUGCACCAACCUGCAGAGGGAGGACGAAGGCUUCUCGAUAAUGGAGACUGCGCCGAACAGCCACAAGUUCAAGCUGACCAUGUUUCUGCCCAACGAACCCAAGGCCUUCUUCAAGACGGUGCGCGACGAGAUCAGACUACUGCGCACUUCACUGCCGCAGGGCAUCUGGGUCAAGGGAUUCGAGGACAGGAUGGACCUGUACUCGGUGAUGAUCCGGGGCCCGGAGAAGACGCCCUACGAGGACGGUCUGUUUCUGUUCGACUUCCAGCUGUCGGCAGACUACCCGAAGGCACCUCCACUCUGCCACUAUGUCAGCUACUGCAGUGACCGGCUCAACCCCAACCUGUACGAGGACGGCAAGGUGUGUGUCUCCCUGCUCGGCACAUGGAGUGGCAAGGGCACCGAGGUAUGGACGCCCAAGUCCAACCUGCUACAGGUCAUCGUCUCUAUUCAAGGUUUAAUAUUGGUUAGUGAGCCGUACUUCAACGAAGCUGGCUAUGAGAAGCAGAAGGGAAGUCAGCAGGGUCGAGAAAACUCCAGAAUGUACAAUGAAAUGGUGGUGCUAAAACUUGUACAGUCCAUGACAAAAUUGAUCAAUCAUCCUCCGCCUAUUUUCAAGGAGCAAAUUACGGAGCAUUUCACCAAGAAUGCGCCCAAGAUGAUUAGUCGUUUGAAUUCAUGGUUAGAAGUUUCGGAAAGGUACAACGAUUCACAUCCUCUGUCACCGACAACUCCAAACUCUUUCAAGGAGAUUCACACUACCAAUGAAGCAAUACCUCUGCCCGAGUUCCCGCUCAUUCCGGCAUCGAAAGGUUUCUGCCUGACGCUGCGAAAAUCGCUGGCCACGUUCACGGAAACGCUCAAGUUGCAAUCGCUGAACGAAGCCGAGCGGAGAAACUCGACAACAACGGAAGUCGAUAACUGCAGUUAGUGCAGCCGCUGGUCUAGCCUUAUUAACAAAUUGAAGUUAUUCCUAUUCAAUUACCCCCUCCCUUAUUCCAUAGUACAACACAAAGUUCCCCUCUCCUAGUAGUACAAUAGGCGCGCUUCACAAAAUAAGACAGACAGUUCAUUAAAAUCAGUCGGCAGUGUUGUGAAGAAAAAACUUUGAAAGUGUUGUAAAAAGUUUGUCGUUUGUGAAAUUUGUGAGAACAUGGACUGAUAUUUGUUUCAAGAUUGUAAGUAUACAAAUACAUCACACAGUAUUGGUGUCUCAUCUUUUGUAGUUGGGGCUUAGUGAUAUUUGUAGUAUUAUAUGCAAGCGAUUUGGAUGGUUGUUGGUUCAAAUCCUAGGAUGUUGAAUUUAGGAUCUGGAGAAUAUAGCAUUUGAAUGGUUGUUGGUUGAAAUUCUAGGAUGAUGAAUCUAGGAUCUGGAAAAUAUAGCAUUUGGGUGGCUGUUGGUUAAAAUUCUAGGAUGUUGAAUCUGGAAUCUGGAGAAUAUAGCAUUUGGGUGGUUGUUGGUUCAAAAUCUAGGAUGUUGAAUCUAGGAUCUGGAGAAUUUAGCGUUUAGAUAAUAUUGAAUCUGAUACAACCGUAUUUUGCUUGAGUGGAAAAGAAAUUACUACUUUUUGAACGGGUCUUGAAGUUCAGUUUGAAUAAGCUAUGAAUGUAGCCUACUUUAAAGAAAGGUUGGUCAAAUUUCACUCGGAUUGUUGAAUUAUAGCUUUAAACCCUUUAAAGCAACCUAGUUGUUCCAUGGGUGAUAAUCGUAUGCAUUUUCAUAACUUUUUUGAGAGUAAUGUGAGAAUUAUUGUAGUGUUCGUAGUAAAAAGGUCAACAGAUGAAACUGGAUUGAAUUGAAGCUUUAAAAACCUAUCUGUAGUAACCUAGUUGUCCUGAAAUGAAUGAAAUUCUGGCAGAUAAAAACUAAUUAUCUAUGAAUGUAUCGUAUCUUUCUUGAUUCAUUGGAAAUUGUGUAGAAAAAUUUAUAUUUUCUAAAAAUAGCUUUGUUAUAGUAUAGAUUGAUAUCAAUUUAAUCUACUACGAUAAUCUUACAUAAAUCUCAAGAAUAUGAGUGUUACUACCUCUUUUUUCCAUAAUUAAUGAGGUACUUAUGUUGUUUUGAAAACUUUCCUAAAAACCUUCAAAUCUAAUUCAUUGGGCUAGUGAAAUAGAUUUGGUUUUAGAAACACUCUUACCGGUUUUUCAUUCGUUUAUGAGAUUGGAAUUUGUAUCAUUUGUGUGGAAUUCAGAAAAUACAUUUGUGUUUAAUUGGAGCAAAAAUAAUUCAUUUCAGAAAUUGUUUGUUUCGAGCUACGUCAUUGAAUUGUUGGAAAAUUUCCAAAUUCAAAAGGAAAAUUACUUGGAAGAACUUGACUUGAAAGUAGGCUAUGUGUGGUUCAUAGAUGAAUUUUUGUUGUAGAUUAAAUAAGAAUGGUGCAACAAAGCUUAUGAUUUGUGUAUAAUAUUUUGUGCAAUUGAAAACAUUAAUGCGACAGAAUCUUGCUCUGAAAUGUAUGAAUAAAUUUAUGAUAGCUACAAAGAUGCUAUAAAUUUAAUUGUUAAGUGGUUGCUGUGAUUAGAGAAAUGAACAUCUACUGUCUUUAAUGAACGAUCUGCCCUGUUUCGAUAUAAUUCAGUUCCUUCGGUUUCUGUUAUAGAAAAUGAUAUAAUGGAAAACUAUUCGUCUUGUAGAAACAAAUAAUAUUGGGUGCGCUGCUUAGUGAUCGCACGAUAUAUGCGACUUGUAUGUUACUGUUAUCAGUUAUUAAAUUUAUUGUUUGUUCAAAUAAUAUUUAGAUAGAUAAUAAUUAAAUUAACAAGCACAUAGAGUUUGUUAGCCUCUGUACUAUACAAUAAUAAAUAAUAUUGAGAGUUCAUUCCUGCUAUAUUUUUAUCAUAAAUAUAUUCAUGAAUCUCGAUGAAAAUUCUUCUUCUUUCGGCUCUUACUCUUUAAUGUUUAAGCAAUUGUAUUAUGAUUAUUUUUGUCAAUAGCUAUGUAAAAUUGAUCGGUACAUACACAUAAAGAUAUUAAUCUAUAAGAUCAGUAAUUAUAGUGAGAAUCACAACUGUACGAAUACAUUAUUUAUGACGGGUUAUUAUGCAUUGUUAAGUUGAUUCAUCUUUCUCAUCUCAAGCAUCAUGAACAUCGAUCAAUUAUAUCAUGAUAGUUGAAUUACACGAAAUAUUUUAUUUAUUAA